AUGCCCCCCCCACCCUGGGCGAUUGCCGCUCCUGUCCGACACUUGGGCUGCUUGCGCAUCGACAUGCUAUCCGUGACUUGGAACCGAUUCCAAGAGGAGGUCAUUCGUUACAUCGGCCGUGGGGACGAUCAAGCCCUAGUUCGCGUUUUGCGCGGAGCCAACGAGCGGGGGGAACUCCAAUGGCAGGCGAUGCUAUCCGGCGAUCCCCAUUACACUCCGGGAAACAAGAUAACGAUUCGAGGCGACUCGGAUUUUAAGUGCUUUGGGGUGGCCGCUUACGAACUCUUCCCCAACAAAGUCUUAGUGAAGUUGGUUAUGCGUGAUCCAUCCGACGAGACACCCGCGGGUGUCAUAGCCGAUCCCGUCAAACGACCUCGCGGAGUUGGGCCCAGUGAUGUGGUCCGCCCGCCAAAUGGCAUUCCUUGCGCACCUCCAUCGGAAAAGGAAAAUAAUUCGGGCAACGGAGGGAUGGCCGCUCGUGCCAUCACUGAUGACGGCUCGAACAGAGCCAAGAAGAAAAAUAAAUUAAAUGGCCCAGGGGAAUUGGGGCCCGUGGCCGCCGCGCAUACGGCUAAUCUAGCGGGCAUCGGGGCCACUGGAUCAGCAUCCGACAAGUUUAGCAAGGGCAGAGGAAAGGGUUAG